AUGACUGAAUUACGAAAUUUAAGUGCAUCAAGUAUGCUGUGGGUCCGAGUGCUGGGUGCCAUAUUAAUAUGGCUUCCAUCUUAUCAUGAAGCGCUGCGGACCCAACAACGGGGUUCGGGUAAUAAAAGUUACCAAAUCAGUCCAAAACCAUGUGAGGUAAACAAUUUAAAAGGAACCUGUAUGUUUGUAUGGGAAUGUAUAAAAUCCGAAGGUGAACAUUUGGGUAUGUGUGUCGAUUCAUUUAUGUUUGGAUCAUGUUGCUCGCAUAAUGCAGCAACAAAUGCAAUUGGUGCCGGGGGUUUGGAUGGAGAUGAUGAUGGUGAUGAUUAUGCAAACGGUCCAGCUAUUUUGUAUUCACCACCUGUCACAACAACUACAUACGGACCACCGUUGACAACACGUCGUCCAACGUUGACAUCUUCAUCGCAUCAUCAUAUGACAACAACAUAUCAACAUUUUCAUAAACCUUAUGUAAAGAAGAAUAAUACUAAUAGUUAUUAUACAUCAUCAACUCCUAGUCAUCAAUAUAGCACAACCGCGUCACAUCAUAAACCAAGUGGUUAUCAUAAUAAUACUAAAAAACCAUCAUUUUCAAAUACACAACACUCGUUUCUAACAAGUGCUGCUACCUCUUAUCCAACACACAAACAAAAGCUAACAACAACCACACUACCGACAACAAUAAAUCCACAACAAACAAGUUCGUUUGUACAGCCGGAUGGAAUCACUGCUAGUCAUCGACCUGAUUCUAUUUGGCAAAAUCGUCCACAAACUAGUUCACCAUCUACAAGUGUAUGGCACGUAACAACAGAACCGAAUUUUGUAACAAAAGUUAGACCAUCGAAUAAUUAUAAUAACAAACCAUCAUCGAUAAUUAUAUUGAAUCAUAAAACAAAACCAACGAAGAAACCUAUUUUAUCGACAAUUAUAACAACCACAACUACAACAUUACCGCCCCCAACAACAACUACUACAAUUAGCAGCACUGCAAGUACAAGUACCCAAAAAAUCUCCAAUCAGUAUCAUACAAAACCAAUUUAUGUUCGUCCAAAUCAUACGACUACCCUAAAUCUAAUUAAGCCUACAACUUUAAAUUUAGUUAAAAAUGAGACUGCCACAAAUAAUGGGGCUAAUCAUAAUCAUUCAAAUUCUGGUCCAAAUUAUAUGCCAGAUAAACAAAAUUUUGAUCCAAGACCGCCAAUGCUAACACAGCAUUUGACAUCAACGGAAGAAAAUGAAACACCUUCACCCACAAGUGAAUCGUUGAUGCCUACAUCGACACUAAUUUCAGUUUCGGCUACGUCAGGAGAUCGACAAGCUCGUUGUGGUGUAACUCCUUUAUUUCCAAUGCGACCAGAAAAACGUAUCGUAGGGGGAAAAAACGCCCCGUUUGGUCGGUGGCCAUGGCAAGUUAGUGUUCGACGUACAUCAUUCUUUGGAUUUUCCAGUACACAUCGGUGUGGAGGUGCAAUUUUAAAUGAAAAUUGGAUCGCCACUGCUGGACAUUGCGUCGAUGAUUUAUUAACAUCCCAAAUUCGUAUUCGAGUUGGUGAAUACGACUUUUCCAAAACACAAGAAGAGUUUCCAUUUGUGGAACGUAUGGUUGCUAAAAAAGUUGUACACCCAAAGUAUAAUUUCUUCACCUAUGAAUAUGAUUUAGCGUUGGUGCGAUUAGAUAAACCAUUGGAAUUCGCACCGCAUAUUUCCCCAAUUUGUUUACCUGCAUCAGAUGAUUUGUUAAUUGGAGAGAAUGCAACGGUAACGGGAUGGGGGCGAUUAAGUGAAGGUGGUACUUUGCCAUCAGUUUUACAAGAGGUUCAAGUACCAAUUGUUAGUAAUGAUCGAUGUAAAUCGAUGUUUUUACGAGCAGGAAGACAUGAGUAUAUUCCAGAAAUAUUCCUUUGUGCUGGCCAUGAAGGUGGAGGUAUGGAUUCAUGUCAAGGUGAUUCUGGUGGACCUCUUCAGGUAAAGGGCCGUGAUGGGCGUUAUUUUUUAGCUGGUAUUAUAUCAUGGGGUAUUGGAUGUGCAGAAGCCAACUUACCCGGUGUAUGUACGCGAAUAUCAAAAUUCGUGCCUUGGAUACUUGAGAAUGUCACGUAAUCAGCCAGUGUAUGUCGUCGAAUGUUGUGUUGUCAAUAUAUAAUAUACACACACACGCAAUCAUUAUUCUGCUAUAGUAGUCUCGACGAUGUUUUCCAUCACCUACACGCAUUUUACUUCUGGAUGGUGUGGGAAGGGAUUCAUGAACGUGGUGGUGUGUUGCUGUUGCUUUUUCCUUACAAAAAAAAAAAAAAAAAUACGAUUAUCAUCAUAAUUUUUAAAUCAUCACCACACCAAGAGAGGUAAGAAGACCUUUCGAAGAAGAUAUCACUAGGACAAGACAACAUCAUUUUUAUGAAA